CCUGGCUCCUGGGUGUGUGCGGACAGCUCAGUGUGAGGAGACGCACCAGGAACACCUCGACCCGUCCAGCUGUGCCUGUCAUCUGUCACCUCGAUUGAACACCAUUUCUCCACCCGACGGGACGACUAUGGGAAGCUGUCCGAGCUAGUUUCUGAAGAGGACACGCAUACAGGAGGGGGGAGCCGAGCUAGAGUUGCCAGGUUGACUCUUCAGUCGCACCAUUUGCCUCCAGAGAAGGAAACAGGAGCACAGUGGAGAUGCAGACCUUCCUCAAAGGCCGGAGGGUCGGCUACUGGCUCAGCGAGAAGAAGAUGAAGAAGCUGAAUUUCCAAGCAUUUGCUGAUCUGUGCAGGAAAAGAGGAAUAGAAGUUGUUCAGCUGGACCUCAGCCAGCCUCUGGAGGAGCAGGGUCCCCUGGACGUCAUCAUCCACAAACUGACCGACCUCAUCCUGGAGGCUGACCAGAAUGACUCACAGGCUGUGCUGCUGGUGCAAAGAGUACAGGACUACAUUGAUGCCCACCCUGAGACCAUCGUCCUGGACCCUCUUCCAGCCAUCCGAACUCUGCUGGACCGCUGCAAGUCCUACCAGCUCAUCCACAGGAUAGAGAGCUGUAUGCAAGAUGAAAGGAUUUGCUCUCCUCCAUUCAUGGUCCUGAACACAGAGUGCAGCCCAGAUGUUCUGGAGCAUAUCAAGAGGCAAGGACUCACAUUCCCCUUCAUUUGCAAAACACGGGUGGCUCAUGGAACCAACUCCCACGAGAUGGCCAUUAUCUUCAGUGAAGAGGACCUGAAGGACGUGAAGCCUCCUUGUGUGAUCCAGAGCUUCAUCAACCAUAACGCAGUGCUCUACAAGGUGUUUGUGGUGGGAGAUUCUUACACCGUGGUGGAGAGACCUUCACUGAAGAACUUCCCUGCUGGACCGGCAGACCGGAAAGCAAUUUUCUUCAACAGCCACAAUGUUUCGAAACCAGAGUCGUCCUCAGACUUGACCACGAGAGAGAACGUAGAGGGAGUGUCUCAGCCACCCAAUGAUGAUGUCAUCAGAGAGUUGUCCAGGUCAUUGCGGCAGGCGCUCGGCGUCUCCCUGUUUGGCAUCGACGUCAUCAUCAACAACCAAACGGGCCAACAUGCUGUCAUUGACAUCAAUGCAUUCCCCGGUUAUGAGGGCGUCCCAGAGUUUUUCAACGACCUCCUGAACCACAUCACCAGCGUGCUCCAGAGCCACAACCCAGACUUCGCCCCUGCCAGCGAGCAGCCCAAAGGCCUGCCGGUGAGCUCCACGGUACCGAACGCCGCCCCGCCGAACCCCGGCUGCUGCAGCAUGAUGGGAAAAGAGGCCAGCGGCAGCCCCUGGAUCGUAGAGGGCGACGGAGGGCUGAAGGGCCCCCGUCAGAGACUGGGCUGCAACUCCGCCAUGUCCCCCAACUUCCAGCAGCACUGUGUCUCCACAAUAGCUACCAAGGCUUCCUCCCAGUGACUGACCCCCGCCCCCCACUCCGUUUGACCCCCUGAACAAAAAAAACGGAUUACAAUGGUGACAAUAAUAAUGAAUAAUAAUCAUAAUAAUUAUGAUGUUAACGAUGAUAAUAUAUCUAAUCAAAAAACAAACCUUUUCCUAUAUAGUUAUUGAAAAUGAUGGUGAUUGAGUGUAAGCUUUUUUCUCUCUGCCUUUUUGUAUUGUUUGUUUUGUCUAAUGAGACUUAACAGUACUGUAAUGUGAACUUUUGGGAACUUUUGCCUAAUAUCUGAUUUUAUUUUUCUCUCUUGUGUGAGUUCUCUGUAAUGAAAGGGUCCAGAUGAGGGAGCUAAUGGGAAUGGCUGAAUCAGGACUGGAGAAAGAUGUGCCACUAGACGUGCAAUGUAUGAUCCCUUGUAUCUCAAACACAUUAACACACACACACACACAUAUGCAUAGGUACGUUUACAUUGCGACGGAUCGUGCCAGUGAUGUGUGUUUGUAUUCUGAUCAAUACCACUGACUCCUCUGCACAAAGUGACGGGGAGAACAGGUGGCUGGGCAUUUGAACACUACUCCACAGAUCCUGAGCUGCUAUGCGAGUGUGGCCAACGGACGGCAGAGGACAUAAAUAUGAAUAGUUUGAACAUGAAUAACAAGAUACUUUCCGAGUGCCAUCAAAUUUACUUCAAGGGUAGGGAGGAUGCCUGCAGAAAAUACAUCUUCAAAGGUUCAAAAGAAGGAAGUAAAUCUCCAUGACCACGUGACCAAGUUUUUUUAAAUGAUUGUUGCACCAAUGUUUGUUGGUCUUUGGGUGUUUAACUGUACGUCAGAUGCUGGAUGUUGGGUGUCCAACAAACAAACCGCGUCCUUGUUAGAGUACCAGUUUUUAGUUGCUCCGGUGCAGGAAGACGAGGAUCACAUUCCUUUUCCUGUUUGUGGAUGUUUUCAGAAAAUUCCAUGAUUUUUCAUAAUUCCAGUGGGAUCUUGUGUGAUUUUUCUCAUCACUUCAUGGGUUGGUAAUCUCCUCGAACAGACAUAGUUCUCCACAUGUCUUCAAUGCUUGUAUCUAAUGUGAGCAAACUACUCUCCUGAAGCCAACUUGACCUAUCAAAAAACUUUGGGCUGCUGUGUUAAUAAGAUGAUUAUUAAUCAAAAAAUCAAUAAUUCCACUAAAAAUCUAGGUAAAUUGUGUCUUUUAAAUAUCCACCUAUUGGGUAUUAAUUAGUUUCAUAUCAUUAAAUGACAAUUCUAGAUGAUUGAGGAAUUUGUUUAGCUUUAUUGUGUCUAUCAUUUGAUUUCGUUUCACUCUAACAGCACUUUCUUACUAAAUGUAGUAGAGAAACCUUCAGUCCAGUCGGUUCAUUUGCUUCAUGAUUAAAUUCUCUGACCUGUCUCCUGUUCCAGCUGCUGUAUUUGUGUCAGAUGUUAAAGUCGUACGGAGGGGAAGUGAGGGAGAGACAGUUCAGAUCUUGUUCCCAAUGUUCACUGUGAGAUUUUUUUACUCCAAUUUUGUUAAUAUCUUUGUCCUGAUAUCUACUAAGAGCAACUUUAUUUUAUUGAGAUUUUAUGGGGAAAAGGUUUUAUAUAAAUGAAAUGAAAGCACUGGGAUGUUUUUGAACAAACAGUGGAUAUUUUACUAGAGGUAUAGUAAAAUGCUGGGUCGGGUUGUACAGGUGGUGUCAGAGGCACAGAUGGCCGUGUGGUUGAUGCUGUAGUCCCCCUCUAGCAUCUAGUGGGAAGGAGUGCCAACCUGCAGAUGUUUUGCUUUCCCCUGAGCCUGCUUCUUCUCUUGUCCCAGAGAGCUCCUUCCGUUUUAUUUCCUCCAUCGGAAUCCGAGGGAGCUGACUUUCCUCUCGCUUGCCCUGUGAUCAUUAAUAAUAAUGUCAGCGCAGCCAUCUCACCAGCAUCUCUCUGGGACAAAAGAAUACUAAUGAUGUUCCGAAAGUUGGUCUUCACUAAACGCACCAUAUUGUGGGAAUAUUUCCACAAUGAGGUUCGUAACCUGUUUUAAUCUCCCACAAUUUUAGUGUGUUGUGAAGCAACAAUACAUUUAGAAUGUAAAGGUAUUGCAGCAGAUUCAGGGGAACUUUUCACAUCCUUUCCCCCCUCGAUUCAUCUAGAAAAAGGGGUGACGCUCUGACGCUCCCUGUCAAAGCUGGAAAGGCUGAUAUCUGUGUACAACACUAUAUCUUGUGUCCUAUGUUGUGUUCCUAAUUGUGCUUCUAAAUGGGAAAUAAAUGGUUAAUCCUACCUGUGGUCAUGCUCCCAGUUUCCACCUGGAUGUUUACUUCUUGGGUGUCUUGUACAGUACGUGUUUAUAUGCCUCGGCUUACAUCCGUACGGUAUGUUGUUUUUGUAUCAGUUCUGUGAUUGAAAGGAAUCCACAAUUUUGUGACCUUUUUUUUAAUUAACUGGCCAAAUUAACAGGGCAAAAUAAACAUGUGAA